ACACUAAUUGAAUACUUCAGCCUCCUGUGCUUGAACUAAAAGGAAAUCUAACACUUGAAUUACGGGUCAAAGUAAUUAUUCAUAUAUUCAGUACAGGUGUAUAAUCCUGUUUCAGUUUAACCGAGUUGCUUUUAUGUAUGAAAUGCAGAACAAAUGUUUGUGUCACUUUGAAACUGCGUGCUGUGCCUCUGUGAAACCUGUUACUUGUUCAUGUAUUGAGAAGUGCAUAUAAGGAAAGAAUGGGAAUGAAUGACAAUGCUUGCUCUGCUGCUGCUUGCUUACUGUGGCUUUGUCUUACAGAAGUUCAGCUCUUUGCAGCUGCUCUCUGGCAACAGGGUAUUCCCAAUUUACAGUGUUACCAGUUUGAAAGUAGCAGCAGCUCUUUAGAAACAAAUUCGCACAGCCAGUCAAUACUCCUGUUCAAAACUGUGUUCAUCCAAGCUAUUCCUUUGGCUGUUGACCCUCUGAAAGCAUGCUCUGUAUUGAUAUGCUGUGGUUGUUGAACACCUCCUUAUGGAUUUACAUACUUCAUUUAUGAUCUCAUCAGUUUAGACAUCAUUCCAUAGCUUCAGCUGGCCAUUAUUUUUAGUCUUUUAAUGGAGACAGUUACUUUGAUCAAUUUGUUCACUGAAACUAUAGUAGCUUUAAAAGUAUUUUGUUUUCUUGUAAUUAUACAUAUUUUUAUAAUUUAGAUUUGCAACCCCUGAUCACUCUAAACUGUCAAUCUUACUUUAAUAAUUCAAGAAAGAGAUGAUGAUAUGAUUUUUUUCAAUACAUUUCCUUUUUCAGAUUUAUGAAACUAAUAGUCUCUUUGGAUAUAAAAUAACAUCUUCUUUAUUUUCAUCCUUGCAUUGAUUCCCUUUCAGAUAUGUAUUUAUUAAAGGAAGAGGAGAGGUCUUCUGGGCCUAAAUAUUCUGGUCGUUCACUUUUCAGUAAAAGUAAUUCCUUCAGCCUCUGUCAGACUGUGUACACUUUGUUGAGCGUUGCGGAAAGGAAGAAGCAUCUCAACGUCCAGACCUCACUGAACUGGAUUAGACAAAUAUUGGGGUGUGUGCUUAUUGCAGAGGUUUCUGACAAGGAGAAGAUUGAUCAACUUCAGGAAGAGCUUCUGCGCACUCAGCUAAAAUACCAACGAAUGCUUGAGCGAUUAGAGAAAGAGAACAAAGAAUUAAGAAAACUGGUACUGCAACGAGAUGACAAAGGAAUUCAUCAGAGAAAGUUAAAGAAAUCUUUGAUUGAUAUGUAUUCUGAAGUACUGGAUAUCCUGUCUGAUUAUGAUGCCAGCUAUAACACUCAAGAUCACCUACCUCGAGUGGUAGUCGUUGGAGAUCAAAGUGCAGGAAAAACAAGCGUGUUAGAGAUGAUUGCUCAAGCCCGAAUAUUCCCCAGAGGGUCUGGAGAGAUGAUGACACGUUCCCCUGUCAAGGUAACUCUUAGUGAAGGUCCUCACCACGUGGCUUUAUUCAAAGACAGCUCUCGGGAGUUUGAUCUGACCAAAGAAGAGGAUCUUGCAGCUCUGAGGAACGAGAUAGAAAUCAGAAUGCGAAAUAGUGUGAAGGAGGGGUGCACUGUUAGCACUGAGACUAUCUCCUUAAGUGUGAAAGGUCCUGGUUUACAGAGAAUGGUAUUGGUUGAUUUACCUGGAGUCAUUAGUACUGUGACAUCAGGGAUGGCUCCAGAUACAAAGGAAACAAUCUUUAGCAUCAGCAAGGCCUACAUGCAGAAUCCAAAUGCCAUCAUCCUUUGUAUUCAAGAUGGAUCUGUGGAUGCAGAACGCAGUAUUGUCACAGACUUAGUCAGCCAAAUGGAUCCCCAGGGAAAAAGGACAAUUUUUGUGCUGACUAAAGUUGAUCUUGCUGAGAAAAAUGUGGCUAGUCCAAGCAGGAUCCAGCAAAUAAUUGAAGGCAAACUCUUCCCAAUGAAAGCUUUGGGUUAUUUUGCAGUUGUUACUGGAAAAGGGAACAGCAGUGAAAGCAUUGAAUCUAUUAAAGAGUACGAAGAGGAAUUUUUUCAAAAUUCCAAGCUGUUGAAAACCUGCAUGCUGAAGGCACACCAAGUAACAACAAAGAACUUAAGUCUAGCUGUGUCAGAUUGCUUUUGGAAAAUGGUGAGAGAGUCUGUGGAGCAGCAAGCAGAUGCUUUUAAAGCCACACGUUUCAAUCUUGAGACAGAAUGGAAGAACAAUUACCCCCGGUUGCGAGAGCUUGACAGGAAUGAACUGUUUGAAAAAGCAAAGAAUGAGAUUCUUGAUGAAGUCAUAAGUCUGACUCAGGUCACACCGAAGCACUGGGAGGAGAUUCUUCAGAAGACGUUAUGGGAGAGGGUAUCUACUCAUGUGAUUGAGAAUAUCUACCUUCCAGCAGCACAGACAAUGAACUCAGGGACAUUUAACACCACUGUGGACAUCAAACUGAAGCAGUGGACUGACAAGCAACUGCCAAAUAAAGCAGUAGAGGUGGCAUGGGAGACUUUGCAAGAAGAAUUUUCCCGUUUCAUGACAGAACAAAAAGGAAAAGAGCAUGAUGAUAUCUUUGAUAAACUGAAACAAGCUGUCAAGGAAGAAACCAUUAAACGCCAUAAAUGGAAUGAGAGAGCAGAGGAUAGUCUGCGAGUGAUCCAGCACAAUGCCUUGGAAGAUCGGUCAAUAUCUGAUAAACAGCAGUGGGAUGCAGCUAUUCAUUUUAUGGAGGAGACUCUCCAAAGUCGUCUCAAGGACACUGAAUCUGUUAUUGAAGAUAUGGUGGGUCCAGAUUGGAGAAAGAGGUGGCUAUACUGGAUAGGCCGCACCAAAGAACAGAAUAUUCGUAAUGAAACAAAAAAUGAACUUGAGAAGUUAAUCAAAUGCAAUGAAGAACAUGCAGCAUAUCUGGCAAACGAUGAAGUGACAACUGUCAGAAAGAACCUUGAAGCAAGAGGAAUAACAGUGGACCCGUGUCUGAUAAAAGACACAUGGCAUCAAAUUUAUAGAAGGUAUUUCCUGAAGACUGCUUUGAACCACUGCAACCUUUGUAGAAGAGGUUUCUAUUACUAUCAACGACAUUUUGUAGACUCGGAGCUUGAAUGUAAUGAUAUUGUCCUCUUCUGGCGGAUACAGCGAAUGCUGGCAAUUACAGCAAAUACACUGAGGCAGCAGCUUACUAAUACAGAAGUAAGGCGCUUAGAGAAGAAUGUAAAGGAAGUGCUUGAAGAUUUUGCUGAGGACAAUGAAAAAAAGGUUAAGCUCCUAACUGGCAAAAGGGUCCAGCUUGCAGAGGAUCUCAAAAAAGUUCGGGAAAUCCAGGAAAAACUUGAAGCCUUCAUAGAAGCCCUCCAUCAAGAAAAAUAGGCUGUCAAGCAGCAGCAACUUAACACAGGAAUGCAGACCUUUCGAGGAUACCAUGCACAAAGAAGACUGAACAAAAAUGCUUUCAUGUCCCAUUCUGUAUCUGACCUUUUGGGGAAGCAUUGUGAAACAUUAGAGAAAAAAGAAAAUGUCUCCUGGGAUUGAGAAACUCAAUCAAAACCGGCCUGCUUUUUUUAAUUUUUGAAGCUCCUUGUAUGUGACAGAAGAGCCUGAUUUGUGUCUUGAUGAGAUAGCCUGGGAGCUUGCCAGAGUUCUUCAUUUAAGAGUUCUUUUUUCCUGAUAGGAAAAAAUGCUUUUGUUGUUGUCACCUGUCUUGUACAGUGGAGCUGGAUCAGAUUCAUAAAGGGAUUUUAUCUGUUGUCGGUUUCUUGGCUGUAAAUGCUCUUGAAAGUUUGACAUAAAGAUUUUGUAUUUGUGUGUACAUUAAAACACCCUUCAAAGUCAUGCCAUUUCUCAGUUAUGCUCUGUUACUGAAGCAGUCUCUGAUCACUCUGGUACAGAUUUUAAGCAUGGUGUUGAGAUAUUGAGGGGAAAUUGUGAAUUUUGUUAAAUUCAAAACUCUUGAGACUUUCAAGGAAUUCCAGUGCUUUCAGGUGAAAGUGCAGACUGCUGUUCACUGACACCUUAAAAGGUUUGGCUCAGGAAAUGAUACCAAUGGGGGCUUUUUUUUUUUUUACCAGUUCCUUCCUAAUUGUUGUUGUUCCUUGGAAUCAUGGCCAAUUACAUUUCAUUUCUGCCAUUGCACAGACUGGUUUCCUUUCUAAAUCUUCCCUUUUCAGUAGGCGCAAAGUAAACUGAUUGUGUAAAAUGCAGAAAGGUAGCCUUUACAAUUCCAACGAGUCCAACCUUUUCAAGUUAAAAAGCAAAAAUAUAAUUACUUUCAUGUUUCUAACAGCUGCUGUAAGACCAAAAUCGCUUUGAUACGAAUGCUGCGCACAAAGUCCCUCCGUAACCACGUGGUAUCUGUAAUGCAAUACAGUCAAAAUAAAAACUAAGUACAGUCAUUCUUCUCCUGCAUUUUAGUCACUUCUGACAAAUGUAAGUGUGAUAUAAGCUCUGUAUCAUAGGUGCCUGGUGAUUAAUCACUGUAUUUUUCUGCCCACACUUCGCAACAGAUGAUCUGGAUACACUUCUGAAUAGAUCUGUGGAAGAAGGCAUUAGGCUUUACACAGUUUGUUUUGGAGUUGUCUCAUUAUGAAGGUUGAAAAAUUGGUGUAGGUUUAUUUUCUUUUUUGGAAAAGGCAAUUGAUUUCUGACCUCCUGGCAAUUAGAAGAGAGGAGCCUGACUCUGUCAUAACAGUUACUGUGCCUGUUUGCUCACAGUGAAAACAAUAGAAAUUUAGGUAAGGUGUUCUCGGAUAUUCAGAUAAUUAAGUACUUAGGUUACUGUAUGAAAACAUAGAGGUGUUCAUAAAAAGUUGAGAAGUUAAAUACUGCAAGGUCUCUUACUGCUUGGGGAUUCUUUUUGUUGUUGUUUAAAACUGCUUUUCUGUAAAUGAGUUUUUAAGAAUGAAAAAAUGAGAAAAGGCUUCUAUGAUCAUCAUUCUCUGACAAUAACUUUAGAGAUGUAUAUUUGCAGUUCUGAAAGAAGAUUCCAUAGGCUGUACAGCAACUGAAAUAAGUCUGUACUUGCAUUAAAUUCCUCUUUGUAUUAAACAAAAAAAAAAAAUACACAAAACUUUUGCAUUUACGUCAAGAGAUCACUGUCAGAAAAUUCUGUGUAAUGUAAAUGUUGCAAAAUAUUACAUCCAGUGGUCCAGUAUUCAUCUCUCAGUGUGAUGUUCCUGUAGUUCUAGUUCCAACCUCUGUGCUGCUCAUCUAAGACUUCGCAUGAUGUAUUCCAUGGAAACUAGGUAUUUAUUGAGUAAAAAUGUAACUGAAGGAAAAAUAAAAUGUGGAUUUUGAACACAGUGCUAUUGUA